UGUUAGGUCGUACACCAGAUAUAAUUAGCGACUAAUUUUGAACAAAAUGUCAAUAGAAAAACUACAGUUGAUUGAAGUCUAUCGUAUAAAGAGAAUUCUACCGCGUUCCACGUAAAGUUUUGCAUACUUUCAGAAGGAGGGAGAUAGUAUAACAUAGUUGCUAGGACGACGGCUUGCGACAACAAAAUAAUCCUCCAGUUAUUCUCAAGUUUGAGUAGCGUUCAAGAACUUGAGAAAAGAAGGAAAGUGUCGUGACAUAAUGAAAGAGAACACUAAAUUUAUUGUGGCACAAGUGAAUAAGCUACUGGGUCGUAAUUAUAACGUAAUUUAUUUCAAUUCCCUGAGUCCAGAAGAAUUGCUCCAUGUAUUGAAAGGGGUAUUGAUCAAAAUACAAAUUCAGAAUGUUGAUGCUAAUGUUGAUACGAAGAACGAAACUCCUGAGGAAACUUCCAUUUAUAUUCUGUCCAUUCUCCGUGUGCUUCACUAUCAGCCACAAAUAGAUCCUGUGAGCUUUAGACAGGGUCUGAUUCGCGGAGAUCCUGAUACCAUACAUCCUAUCUUGACCUGGCUUUUGUCUCAUGAAGAUACUGUUCGAAAGAGAGCUUACUUAUCUCGGUUUUUAGUGAAGGUAGAAGUUCCUGGUGAGUAUUUAAGCGAUCCGGAGAUUUCUUCUUUGCACGAACAGUACGCAGCUUUGAUCGAUAGGUUCAAAACAGUGCACAAAGAAAGGGAAAUAGGAAGGAAGAAUUUCGAGAACGCUAGUGAGCUUACUACCGAUUUGAAAACGAUGGAAAAGGAGAAAGAAGCAGUAACUAUGCGUAUCGAAAAAAUGAGAACUAAAGCUGAAAUUGGAAUGUACCUGUUGGAUUCUGCUCGAGCUUUGCGAAUAGAAAAAGAUAAGGAACGCGAUCUUGUGCUGCAAGAGGAACAACAAAGGGAAAUAAUAUCUAGAUUACAAACAAACUUACAAAGAUUGGAAAAAGAAUUACAAAUCUUGGAAAAAGAUGAAAAUGAAGUUACAGUUCAGACGUUAUUGCAACAUUUAUCCGAAGUGAUCACUGUUCAAACUGUAGUCACGAAUGAGAAACUACCAGCAGAGAUACAUGGAAAGCAAAAUCGUAUAAAAGCUCUGAAUGCUGUAAAACAAUAUUCAUAUCUGGGUCCAGACCAAAUAACAGAUUUGCGAAAUAAAUUGGACAGUAUAGCUAAAGAGAUUCAGAACUUGAUUGAGCUCAAGAUUUCGAAAAAUAAUAUUGACAAAAUUGAACCGUUUCGACAACAAGCAGCCGCAGUUGCAAAUAUCAAAAGAAAUGUACUUGAAAAAUUGGAGAAGACAGCAAAUUCCUUACAAGAAUUGCAGACAAAAUUAGAAGAGAAACGUGAAUUAUCAAAAUUGAUAAUGGAAGAUAUUAUACCAAAAGGAGAGGAAUUAAAAAAGUACAUAAAUCGUCUAAAAACUAGAGGAACGCUUUAUAAACAUUGUAAAUCUGAAUUAACGUGGCUUAAUGCAGAAAAUAGUGUGCUAUAUCGAACAGCUGCCAUCUUGGAAAAUCAGCGCAACCAGUGUAACCAGGCCAAAGAAAGAUUGGAAAUGGUAAAGAAAAAUGCUCCGGAUAAUUUUACAGAGGAAAAUGCGUCUUCGAUAAAUCUUCAAUUAUGCCGAGAUAUAUCCACUUUUAGAGCAAAACUCAUUCCAUUAAUAAAUGAAAUACAAACAUUGAGACAAAAAUAUAGUGAAUACGAACAACAACAGGAAAAAGCAAAAAAGGCGCAAAAUGAAGUAGAAUCAAGCAUGAAUACCUCGAUUAAUAAUUUACAAUCUAACAUACAGAAUGAAAAAAUAAAAGUAGAAAAGGACAUUGAAGAGAAGAAAAAACUGCAAAAACUUAUAGCUAAAAUGAAGACUAUGGAAGAAAGAAUAAAGCGAGAUAUGCAGGAUCCGACAAUUUCUGAUCCUGGCAAAAAGAUGAAAGAAGAAUUACAUUCCACCAUUCAAAUGGAAGAAAUAAAAAUUAAAAAUUUAAUGGUAGAAAAAGAACGUUUGAACGAAAUUAUCGCAAUAGGUGAAAAGCAAACACAGAUGUGGAAUGACAUAUUAACAGUGUUCAAAUGUAAAAUACAAUCCGCUGAAGAAAGUAAACAAUCGAAUGGAAUUGUUGUACGACGGGGAGGUGCAGAAACUUUAGUUUUACAAUAA